AUGACUUUGUGCGGGCGGUGGCGCGGGCGGUUAAGCGGAGGGCUGCAUCUCCACAGGGAACGCAAGAUGAGGAAGAAUCAACAAGCAUGCAAAGAAAGAUUAAAAAAACACUGUGAUGAAUUAAAUGAUGCAAACCUAAAUGCAGAAGAAAUACAUGGGAAAUUAAAAGACUUAUGUGAUAAUAAAAAAUCACAAGAGAAGUGUCAAAAUCUAAAAAGUAAACUUCAAAAUGAAUGUGACACGUUUAAAACACCUCUUAGUGAUGCAGUCAAAAAAGGUAUCUCAAAAUUAGAAGACAGUGAUUGUGCAAAUGAGAAAAAAUGUGUGUUUUUAGAAGGAGCAUGCCUUACACUUGCAGAAGAUUGUAACAAGCUAAGAAAUUUAUGUUAUCAAAAGGAACGUAAUAAAGUAGCAGAAAAGGCUCUUUCAAGAGUGCUUAAUGGAAAUUUUCAAACGAAUGUGUGCAAAGAAAAGCUUAAAAAAGCAUGCAUAGAGUUGAGAGAAGAAAGCGAUGAGUUGUUGAAGCUUUGUCUUUACCAGGAUGAGACAUGCAAAAAGAUAGAGAAAGAAGAAAAAAAUAACUGUCAGUCUUUAAAAACAGAAAUUGAUGGAUUAAAGUCCAAAUUGAAAGAAAAAUGUCCAUCAUUACUUGAACGAUGUCAUUUUUAUGGAGAGAAUUGUAAAAAAUCAACUAAACCAGAUUGCGAAAAGCUCAUAAAGAACUGUAAAGCUAAAAAUGUCACCUACAUAGCACCUAACCUUGAUUUUGAUCCUAUAAAACCUGAAACCACAUUGACUGAAAAAAUAGAUCUAAAAAAUCUCUAUGAAAAGGCAGCAAUGAAGGGAAUUCAUAUUGGAAAACCACCAGCAAGAGACGAGACUGCUCUGCUAGCACUGUUAAUUCAAGAUUCGACACACUCUGGCAACAGUAAAGAUAAAUGCGAGGAUGUAUUCAAAAAGAAUUGUAAGAGUUUUAAAGAUUAUAAAACUUUAAAAGGCCUUUGUGAUGGGGAUAAGGCAAAUGAAAAUGGAACCAAAAUCUGUAAGGAAUUAGAAAAAGAAUUAUCAGAGAGCGCUCAAAUAGUUUCUAAAAAGAUAAAAAAACAUCUCUUAACGAGUACUCCAAACAAUAUUAUUGGCUGGUAUGAAUUAAAAACAUUCCUUACAGAAAGAGAUUGUACAAGAUUAUUAUCAGACUGUUUUUAUUUUAAGGGUCAA